AUGGACGAUCAAGUCGAGAUGCUGCCCGGCACUUCGCGUCUGUUUGAGGACCAUGCGCAUGCGGCCAUCUCCCACCUCAAGAGAGACGGUGACGUUGUCCUCGCGCCCCAACCGACCGAGUCGCCAAACGACCCUCUCAACUGGUCUCUGCCCCGAAAAUACCUGCACGCGAUCCUCCUGUUCUUCGUCGCCGGUUUCACCGCCGGGACGGCGAAUGACGCUGGAUCUGCCCAGGAUGGGAUGAACGCUGAGUACGGCAUCUCGUACGAUGUGAUGAACACGGGCGCGGGGGUUCUGUUUAUCGGAAUCGGAUACUGGACAUUCUUGGUCUCUCCGGCAGCCUCUCUGUAUGGGCGACGGGUGCCGUAUCUGAUCGGUAUGACUUGGGGGCUCAUCGGCGCAAUCUGGAUGUCGAAGGUCAGAAAUGCGAGCGACUCGAUAUGGAACCAGCUCUUCGUGGGAGCCUCAGAGAGUGCCGCAGAAGCCAAUGUCCAACUCUCGCUAUCCGAGAUCUUCUUUGAGCACCAGAGAGGAAGUGUGAUCGGCAUCUACGUCUUCGCUACCAGCAUCGGGACUUAUCUUGGCCCGCUCAUUGCGGCCUAUGUGGCAGAUCGUCUGGGAUGGCGGUGGAUUGGCUGGCUGUCGGUCAUUAUCUCGGCCUGCACCAUCGUCGUCCUCUACUUCGGACUGGAAGAGACCAUGUUCGACCGUGCAGCCCACGUCACAACCGACGGCGCGCAGAGCAGCAGCAACACCACCGGUCCCAUAGCCUCCGGAGACGUAUCCGAUAGCGAGAAGGCGACGGCCCGAGGCUGGAUCCAGCGAUCCCCGUCCGAUGUCAUCGGCGCAGACGACAAGCCGAAAACCUACUGGCAGCGCAUCCAGAUCAUCACGCUCGCCCCCAAUGUCAAAGGCACGGGCUUCAAGCAGUACGUCUCCCGCCUGUGGCACACCCUGCGCAUCUUCGGCUUCCCAGCCGUCAUCUACUCGGGCAUCCAAUGGGGCGCCCAGGACGCCUGGCUCACCUUCUACAUCACCCUCGAACAGGACAACUGGUACGGAGCGCCGUGGUUCUACUCCACAAUCGGCACGGGCCUGAUGAAUGUGCCGUGCAUCAUCGGCGCCAUAGUAGGCUGCUUCUGGGGCGGCUACAUGUCCGACCGCUUUGUGUUCUGGAUGGCGAAGCGCCGCAACGGCAUCCGCGAAGCCGAGGACCGUCUGUGGAUGAUGCUCCCCUGCGCCGUGUGCUCGCCGGGUGGUAUGCUCAUCUUCGGCAUCGGUACGGCCUACGGCUGGGCGUGGCCUGCGCCGUACGUCGGCCUCGGCCUCAUUGGGUUCGGCUGGGGCUGCGCGGGGGAUCUGUCCAUGGCGUACCUGAUGGAUGCCUACCCGGAGAUGGUCCUCGAGGGCAUGGUGGGCGUCUCAGUCAUCAACAACUCCAUCGGCUGCAUCUUCACCUUCACGGCCAGCACGUGGUUAGCUAACAGCGGGGUGAGGGACUGCUUUAUCGCGCUGAGCGUGCUGGAUUUCUUCUUCAUCGCCUUGACGGUGCCAAUGGUCGUAUACGGGAAGGCGUGCCGGCGGUGGACGCUGACGCGGUAUCUGAAUUUUGUGAAGAUUAGGGAUUCCAUUUGA